UUCUGGUGAGAGCCUCCAAGAGGGAUCUUACAUCCUUCCUGCCUCACCAGAAUGGGAAUGAGAAGAUUGUUGUUUUUAUCCAACGGGAAACUGUGGCUUAUGGGAGGAUAUGAGAAGAGGAAGAUUUGAGCUCUCUCCAUGGGUGCAGCUAUAUGUUCUCUCUCGUCAUAGCUAGUAACAUCCAUUGAUAGAUAUUUACAGGAUUCAAUCAGCACUUGAAAUUGAUAUCUCCCAAGAAUAACUGGAACAUAUUGAGAUAUAAUCAACAUCCAUAUUGCACACAGCACUGAUUAGACAAAACCCAACCAAAUCGCGAUCUUCUGACCAGCUGCAGCAGGGCACCAACAGACAAUCCGCAGAAGACUGAUGAAGUUUUUGAAGCACUACGAUAAAGAACGAAUGAAAAUGGCCAUCCUGAAGCAUGAAGAAACCUUCAGACAGCAGGUUCAUGAACUCCAUCGCUUGUAUAGAGUUCAGAAGCUACUAACGAGUGAUAUGAAAGAUAUUAAGCUCAAGAGACAAAAAGAUCUUGCAUGUCCUAAAGCUAAUCUCAGUAUGGGAAAUGGAGAGCAUGGAACAGGUUCAUGUCAACCACGUUAUAACAACCACCAUCAGAGAAGGCCUCGUCGGCCACUUAAUCUGGAACUCCCAGCAGAAGAGUACAUAGAAAAUGCUGAAGAAGAUGUGAUGCUAGAGAUCGAACAAGAAAGUGAUAUAGAGCUAACGCUGGCCAUAAGAAGCAGGAGGAGUGAGAGAGAUGGAACUCCUGGAACGAGCUUUAACUCAUCUUCAACUGAGUCUAGUGGGGUCAAAUCAAGAGGCCAUGAAUGGGGACUGAGUCAGGCGCCAGACAUAAACCUCAGCUUUCCAUAUGAGAGGAACAGUUCCUUUAAUGUUGGAGAAGGAAUGAGACAGGAUGGAGUAAAGCAGCAGCCACCCUGGCUCUUCCAAUGUUUGAGCCUCAAGAUGGCGUGAUCUUUAUGGAUUCCAAAUGUUUGUUCUAGUUUGGCAGUCAAUGGCAUUUGGUAGCUUCUUGGAUUAAAACCUUCAGUCUUUUAUGCAAAUCUACUGACUAAAUCAUGAUUGAUGCUUGAGUUGAUCAUCUAGUUUGUGCUAAAACAAAGUGGUCUUGAGUUCCUUUUUCAUGUGGAGUAUGAGAAACACGUUGACCAUUUUUGCAAAAUAAGAACUUCGUAGCAUGACUCUUU